CUGCCGAAUAUGAUGGAUCGAAGAUAUAAGAAGACUUGACGCUUCCCAUUCUUACCAUCUCCUCUCCCAUCCUCAAUCUGCAUUUUCAUAGCCAUCCUACCGCGGGUCGGUCUCUCAUUCCUGUUUCUUUCGCGAGCUAGUCUCUCUUUCUCUUCAACUUCUGUCCAACUCGCAAUUUCGGUCUUUACUUCAACUUUCUCGUGCAUUCAACAUCCCAACAACAUCCAACAUGUAUUCUCGAACAGCUGCUCUUGCUCUGCUUAUUGCCGUCGCGCAAGCUCGCUUCGGCCAAGAACAAGUCCCCAUCCCCGCCAUCGCUGCCGUCCAGGGAGGUGUCAGUGGAGCCGCCCAAACCAUUGCUGGUGCGGCCGUCAGCGAUCUUCUUGCUGGCACCAAUGCCUGCGACAAGCUUGCACGUGGAGACCAAAUCCUUGCCGAGCUAGGAACCGGAGCUGAUGCUGUUGCCGCUGCCAUUGGCAUCGUUGCCGCAGAGAAGAACGUCAACCCCUUCGCUCAGACAGUACCUACCAUUUGCAGCGAUCCUGCUCUUCCUGCCAACCCGUUGCUUCGAGGAAUUACCCCUCUGAUCGACCCUGACUUCGAUGGUGCCGCUGCUGUCAAUGCCCUGUCGGCUCAAACCAAAGCCAACCCGCUCAAUGCUGCCGGCAAGAGCGUUGCCGACCUGCUGAUUGAUAGCGGAUUCACCAACUUCAUUUCCCAGUCCUCUAGCGGCGCCACUGUUCAACCUGUUGCAGGUGGAAACGCUGGAGCUGGAGCUGGCGCCGCCACCUCGGUGGCUGUCGUGGAUCCCCCUGCUGCAACUGCCUGCGAGGCAGUAACUGUUACCAUAACUGCUGGUGCUGCUGCCACUGCAACCGCAACCGCUGGAGCUGGAGCUGGAGCCGGAAACGGAGCCGCUGGUGUCGACUUUGGUCUUUGUGUGCCAACCAUGAAGUUUGAAGGUGGUUUGGGAGGUCGACCGGCCACCGAAUUCACCUUCCUACCAAUUGACCCCCUGGUCGCUCAGGGUCAACAGGAAGCUUUGAACCCUAACAUCAUCACCAACCGAAUCUGCGAUCAGCUCACCAAUGUUUGCAACGCCAACCAGGCCGCCAAGGACCUUUGCAAGAGUGCUCAAGCUCAGAUCCUGGCUCUGGGUACCCGAGACAAGAGCACUGCCGACACCUGGAACACCUUACUUGGAUUCAACGGCGCCGUGACCAACCCCUCAGGCGGCCCCGCUGAGCCCCCCGCCAAAAUGAGAGUGGUGCGAUCCGCAAGAAACUAA